AUGCGCGUUUUCUUUUGCCGUUGUGGUCGCUCCUCGAAUGGCACCAUUUACGAAGGCCGCAAUCAUUGUUGGGGACAAAGAUGGUGCAACAAGGACAUUUGUGGCUUAUUCUGCGCCGCUUUCACAUGGUAAGAUUUGAUUUUAUUGAUUGUUUGAGGCUUAGGUAAUAAAUUGCGAACAAUGAAGAGAAAACGAGAAGGAAGUUUAGUUUAAAGCAUAUUGAAGUGGAUGUUUAAUUAUUCUACUUGAUUUGCUAUGCAAACUUUAAAAUUGAACGCAAUUUUGAGCAGUUGAAAUUCUGUUUUUGUACAAGACACGUUGUUGUUAAAAAAAUUUAAGAGAAGUUAAAGCAUUUAAAAUGUAUUAAUAUAACAAAAACUUUGUUACAAACUGUAAUUUUAGGUUUCUGAUGGGAUAUGGUGAAUUCUGCGUGAUAUUCAUAUUCAUGUCGACAGCGUCAGUGCGGCCUAUAGUACAAGGACUGAACUUUAUAUUGUUUCAAACAUUUGCCAUCUUGGCGUUUUUAUCACAUUUGAGGACAAUGAUGACGGAUCCAGGAGCUGUACCUAAAGGAACUUUAACAGAUGAGUACUAUAAACAUAUGCAAGCACAACAAACACGUGGUGAACCGCUUUAUCAGUGUCAUAAGUAUGUUUCUUACUUUUGAUUUUAGUUUUAGGCCAAUUGGAAAUGAAAGUAUGAAUAUAUAAGAUAUUUUCUAACGUAUAGUCUAUGUAACAUACUGAAGAUGAGAAAAUUUUUUUAACUUUACAAUUAUAGAAGCCAAUGUUUUACAUAUUGUUUUAUAAGGUAGUACAAACAGUUUUACGUGAUAUAUGUCAAUUUUGGGAUAUUUAAUAAUCAACUUUUUCAGGUGUGCAGCGAUAAAACCAUCACGAGCGCAUCAUUGCAGCGUAUGUGAUAGAUGUAUCAAAAGAAUGGACCAUCACUGUCCUUGGGUGAAUAAUUGUGUUGGGGAAGGUAACCAAAGGUAUUUCGUCUUAUUUACAGUAAGUUUUUUGAUUUUUACAUUGUUCGGUUUUUAGGUAUAGCAAGUUUUGGCAUAUUGUUAUCUAAAACCUUUUUAAAAUUAUGGUUUGCAAUUUCAUAGUAUUUUUUAGUUAAAACGAUAUAAAUUAUGAAUUUUAGUAUUAGAAAGGGCUUUUGAAAACUAAUUUUUUGUUACCCAAAGUUAAGUUUUUGGAUUUUUCUGGUAACAACUUGACAGUAAGGUAACUUUCAAGCCUUAAAAAUGUUAAAGCAACUGUCAUUUCAGCUGUACAUAGCCUGUAUGUCACUACACGCUCUAUUCUGGACAAUAUGUCAGUUCGUACAAUGUGUGAAUACGGACUUCAGAGGCUGCAGCUACUUUAACGGACCUGCGACAACAAUAAUGUUGAUAUUUUUACUUUUCGAAACAAUUUUGUUUUCCAUAUUUACGUUGGUAAUGUUCGGCACGCAGUUAUCAGCCAUUUGUUCGGAUCAAACGGGAAUCGAAAGCCUGAGGAAGGAGAAUCACAAGGCCAACGACGGGAUGAAGAAUAUGCAGGUAGGGAUAUUGUAACAUUAUUUUAGGGGUUUUGGUUCUUUAAAGGCAGGGCGAACAGUAAUUUUAGCUUAUAAAUACUUGAGUUUUAUAAGCUGUCCUACUAUUACCAAGUAUAAAGUAUGAUUUUUACACUAAAAUAUAUAAAAGUUGAUAUUGUUGUAGGUAGUGUUUGGAGGUCCAUUCUCAUUGGAUUGGUUCAACCCACUCUCAAACCGAUUCGUAAGCGAGAAGGCCUACGAAUUCUCAGUAUGA